AUGGGCGAGCCAGUUGUGAACGGCGACAUGCCGCAAUCCCAAUUCAUCAGCCACCUCACCUCCUAUCCCUUCGUCUCCGACUCGAUUGAAAACCUAAAGACCAACCCCUACGGCAAACGCUCCCUCGAGCUCGCCGACCAGGGCUACGCCAACUUCGCGAAGCCCAUGCUCCCCUACUUCGCGAAGCCCUACGGCCUCGUGGCGCCCUACGUCUCUAAGGCCGACGCUCUGGGCAACGAGGGCCUCAACCGCAUCGACAACACCAUCCCCGUCAUGCUCAACACCUCCGAGACCAUCAAGGAGACCUUCAAGGAAUACGCCUCCGCCCCCUUCCGCAUCGCCGAGGACGGCAAGGGCUACGUGCUCAACACCUACUCCUCUGAACGCACUGCCGUCGGCGACGGUGGCUACCUAGCUCUCAGCAAGGCUGCCGUCUCGACGGGCCUGAGACUCACGUCGGACUCGUGCCUGUGGCUCCGAGGCUACUUGGUGCCUACAGGAGUGGCGAAGACCGGUGAGGCCAGUCGAAAUGGCAGGCCACGCCAGAACGGACAUCACCGCACGAGCGGGAAGUCCUCUGAAAAAUGA